AGGCGGGCCGGUAUCUCCUGGACCGCCUCAAAAGAGCCCAGGAGAUUGCAGAGCGCCCUGGAGCCCCGACCAGCUCACAGCCCGCCCCGGCGCCGGUCAGCUGGGUCUUGGAAAUUGGGUUUGCUUUGGCUCCCUCGCUUUUACAAACUACUGGAUCUUACAUGCCUCUGUCCCCCCCACUUCCACUCCAUGCCCCCAGGCUCCUGCGCCAGCAACAGGUAAGGGCUGCUGUAUUUUCUUCCCUCCUUCCCUCUCGCUGCUUGGGUGUCCUGGGAGCUGGACUGAUUACCCUCCCCGGCCCCGCUGCUCCAGAGGUGCCCAGCUGUCACGCUGCUGUAGCGCUCACCCACGUUCCGGAGUUCCAGAUCAUGUCUCUAUAGUUUGUGUGAGCCCAGGAACAUCCUUAGAGCUAAAAAUACUGAGACAUGCUUGGAACAGUUGAGCAAUAGAAACAGAUUUCUCUGCAGCAUCUGUUUGUGCUCAUAACUUCCAGUGCACCAGCUGUAGCGAGACACCGAGUUUGGAGGCAGAGACCGGCAGUCUCUGGCGAUUCUCUCUCUAAGGAAGAGGCGAGGGACCAGGUCUAAAGCGUUGGUCCCAAACUUGGCAAGCCUUAGGACUCAGCAUUAUUUUGAUUCUUGGCGUCUAUUUUUUUUUUUUUUUUUUUGGUCAUUGCCUCAAGUGUAGCUUCGAGUUCCAAACAGAGUGAGCGUCUCAAAGUUGCUUUGCUGGCUAAGAGAGCGGAGCCUGAAUUGAAUUCGAGCCUGAAGACCGCAAAACUUUCCCAUCGACAUGUUCUCUGGAUGUCAGCUAAGUUACUAAGGUAACUCUGCAUGUCAGUAGACAGUCCUUGGUAGACUGCCAAGGCUCCUGGAGACUCCCAUCACUCCUCAUUUUUUUUUUUUUUUUGUGGUUGUCCUCACUGAACAUUCAAAACUGUUUCUCCAAAGGGUUUUGCAAAAACUCAGACUGUUUUCCAAAGCAGAAGCACUGGAGUCCAAGGCAGAAGCAAUGGGCAGUGUGCGAACCAACCGCUAUAGCAUUGUCUCUUCGGAAGAAGACGGCAUGAAGUUGGCCACCAUGGCAGUGGCAAAUGGCUUUGGGAACGGGAAGAGUAAAGUCCACACUCGACAGCAGUGCAGGAGCCGCUUUGUGAAGAAAGAUGGCCACUGUAAUGUUCAGUUCAUCAACGUGGGGGAGAAAGGACAACGGUACUUGGCAGACAUCUUUACCACGUGUGUGGACAUCCGCUGGCGGUGGAUGCUGGUUAUCUUCUGCCUGGCUUUCAUUCUCUCGUGGCUGUUUUUUGGCUGUGUGUUUUGGCUGAUAGCUCUGCUCCAUGGGGACCUGGAUGCAUCGAAGGAGAGCAAAGCUUGUGUGUCUGAGGUCAAUAGCUUCACCGCUGCCUUCCUCUUCUCCAUUGAGACCCAGACAACAAUAGGCUAUGGCUUCAGGUGUGUUACUGACGAAUGCCCGAUUGCUGUUUUCAUGGUGGUGUUCCAAUCGAUUGUGGGCUGCAUCAUCGAUGCCUUCAUCAUUGGUGCUGUCAUGGCGAAGAUGGCAAAGCCAAAGAAGAGAAAUGAGACUCUCGUCUUCAGUCACAAUGCUGUGAUUGCCAUGAGAGAUGGCAAGCUAUGUUUGAUGUGGCGAGUGGGCAAUCUUCGGAAGAGCCAUUUGGUGGAAGCUCACGUUCGAGCACAGCUCCUCAAAUCCAGAAUUACUUCUGAAGGGGAGUAUAUCCCACUGGAUCAAAUAGACAUCAAUGUUGGGUUCGACAGUGGAAUUGACCGUAUAUUUCUGGUGUCCCCAAUCACAAUAGUCCACGAAAUAGAUGAGGACAGUCCUUUAUAUGAUUUAAGUAAACAGGAUAUUGACAAUGCAGACUUUGAAAUCGUGGUAAUACUGGAAGGCAUGGUGGAAGCCACCGCCAUGACAACACAAUGUCGUAGCUCUUACCUGGCAAACGAAAUCCUUUGGGGCCACCGCUAUGAGCCUGUACUCUUUGAAGAGAAGCACUACUACAAAGUGGACUAUUCAAGGUUCCACAAAACAUAUGAAGUACCCAACACUCCCCUUUGUAGUGCCAGAGACUUAGCGGAAAAGAAAUAUAUCCUCUCAAAUGCAAAUUCAUUUUGCUAUGAAAAUGAAGUUGCCCUCACAAGCAAAGAGGAAGAUGACAGUGAAAAUGGACUUCCAGAAAGCACUAGUACAGACACUCCCCCUGACAUAGACCUUCACAACCAGGCAAGUGUACCUCUAGAGCCCAGGCCCUUACGGCGAGAAUCAGAGAUAUGACUGACUGAUUCCUUCUCUGGAAUAUUUACUUUAAAACACAGUCUGUUGGUCAAAGGCUCAAAACAGUGAUACAGACGACGGUACUGGUGACGAAGUGGGUCAAGGCAAGCGGCCACAGGGACUGAGGCUAGCACGAUGGUUUCAAAGAAAGACUGUGAGCUCGGAGAUUCACGGAAAGCACUAAACACGUCUGUGCAUGACCUGAUGGCACAUACAUGUUGUAGGCUAAGUUAUGGGUUUUUGUGUAUUGUUUUGUGUUUUUACAAAACUUGAACUUGCAGGCAAGCCUUGGUCAGGUAUUCGACUGAUCCAACAUGCUUCUCUUUAGGGAACAAGAAUGUUUUUAAUGGCAUAACAAAGGCAAGACUCUGCCUUAAUUUUUGAAAAGCUGCUAACUACAUGAGCACAAAUUGUAUUUUUGUUGCAGUGUAGUUUUUUCUUUUGUAUAACUUAAAAGUCAGUGUUCAACUUUGUUGAAAGCUCAUGAUAUGCUUCAAAGUGGCAAGUAUUUGGCUAUGAGCUGCCAAAACGAGAGCCUGAUUUUUUGAGGCCAGUAAUUUGUUUGCUAGAAUUGAUUUUUUUCCCCCUUCCCUCUCUCUCUCUCUCUCUCUCUGUCUCUCUCUCUCUCUCUCUCUCUCUCUGUCUUUGGUUACAUAAGGGCAUUAUGUAACACUAGCCAAAUGGUAGCCUCCAGGGUUUUGUUUUGUUUUGUUUUUUUUCCCCCCUCAAUGAUGUUAAUGGGUUAUCUCAAAUUUUAAGUUAGACUACCUAAAAUAAAUACCAAAGAUAAUGCAGAUUUUUGCACAGUGGAGCUUGUAUUAAAAAGGAAGUAAAGCCCCUACGGGCUGCCCUGGAAUCAAGAGACAAUAACAUUGAACCUCAGCAAGAACUUGAACUAUUCUCUCAUUUUGCACCCUAUUCAGAAAGUAGAGCAUCACACACACAGUCUAAUAAGUGCAAUUGCUUUUAAUUUCUUUCACGUGACUGUCUUAUUGGAAAAGGAAGAGGAAAAGGGAAGUAAAAUUUGCACUUGUACACAUACACAAAUAAGUACACGUACACAAUAGAAACACCUUUUCUUCCCUGCCACCUAAUGCUGGCCAAGUUAAAAAGAAAGUAAGUGAUGGUGAUGUGCUAGUUAGGUUUUUCUGGGUAUUCCCAUUUUGCACAUUCCAGAAUUUAUUCCACAAGAUAAGACCCUGUUUGAGUUUAGUUGGAGUCCUCAAAACUGAGCCAUCCAGAAUUAAGGAUAAAUAGGUUUCAACCCUUGGGAUUGAAUUUGUUGUUUUGACAGUCAGGACAUUUCCAGCUUGACUUUGCCUUAGAAAAGAUGCCACACCUGGCCUUGAGGCUGUUUCUUCUGAUCAGUCUGGAAAGAUCUGGAGUGAGCCCUAGUGUCAGAGAGGGCUGCCAAUGCCAAAGAGGAGAGGUGGGGAGGUAGGACAAGCCCCCUUGAUGCAACCCAUCAGUUUAAGUAUUCAGGAGGGAGAGGAAAAUUGCUUUUUUUACGGCAGAGCGUAAGAAUGAAAGUAUGUCAGUAUUUUAGGGUCAAAGAAAGCCAUACAAAGUUAACACAGUCACAAGUAAAGGAGGUAAUGCCCUAAGGAUUAUUUCCUCCUUUAUGUGUGCACACUCAUGGUUGAAUGCAAGCCCAGUGCUGACUGUUGUCUCCUGUGGAGCCCUAGAGCAGGUUACUAGGACGUAGUUUUCCAGAAGCUUCUGUCUGCCUGGCUGCCUGCCUUGCUAGAAUUUUUUUUUUUUUUCCCCCACUCUAGCUCAAUAAUGGAACUUUUGGUUAAAAGUUUCUGGGAUUACUGACUUUUCUUCUUAAUCGGGAGUCUCAAAAUCAACGGAUUUAUGGUAUUAUAUCCCUGUAUGCCAUUAAAAAACAGCUUGUUCUAGAAUCAUGUAUUUUGUAAAUCAAUGUUUGUGAUGGUCUCUGGUCUUGCAUAGCCAUCUCUGAAAGAGGUGCUUGCAAAAAUAGGACACUGUAUGCUGUGUUCAGCAUUCAGAGUUGAUGGGUUUGAAAACUGUGAUGUUAUUUUAACCAAACCAAGAUAGAGAUGUCAAGUGAGUGGAUACCAUAUUAAAUCCAAGUUGAACGGCAGGCUUGGGAAGUUGUUUAAAGAGUUGAAGGAUUUGGGGAUCGAGUAGACAAGAGAAAUUAGAGAAAAGGCAACAAUUUGGCCGUUGACAGUGAGAAAAUAUUGAGGACUUCAGCUGCUGCUAUUAUGAUGUUUUGCAAAGGAAAAUAAUCAAACCAAAGAGUAUUCAGUAAUAUGUAAAUUAUUUGAAGAUACAGUGGAGAAUGGGGGUAACCAUAAAAGGAGACUCCCCCAAACACACAGUGCUGCCACAAAAAAAAAAAAAAGAAGACUUGAGAUAUUGAAGGGGGGGUGGUUAUGGGGGUGAGAAUGAGGGCGGGAACUCUUUCAGCUUAUUUCUGAAAAAGAGAAAAAAAUAUCUAAAAUUUCUGGUGCACAGGUUUGUUUUUUUCCAAGAAAAUUUUGCAGAAGCUAUGUUUUUAAAGUGUACAUUUUAUAAAGUUUAUCAGAUAUUUUCAUAUUUAAAGCCAAAUGUAAAUAGAAGUCUGUAAAGGAAAAAAAAAUGCCAUAGAGAGUAUAAUGUCAGUGCAACAAUGUCUGAGAGCUAGUACCUAUAUGCUACUGGUUAGCAUGGUUUUAGCAAAUAUUUACCAGCCUCUUAAGGUUCGUUUUGCUAUGUUCUUCUGUUAUUUAUUUCAGCAUGGACUGUUCAUUUGAUAGCUUUUUCUAGUUAUUAGCAUUUUAACAGUUACAAGCUUUAAAUGGCAAGUUUUUUUUUUUUUUUGUCAAGAGCCAA